UACACACACGCCCCUUGCAAUCGAUUGCCGAGUCGACAACACCGUCGAUCUCCAUCGCCGCAGCGAUCGAUCUCCGACCUCUGCGAUCGAUCUCCGGACUCUGCGAUCGACUGCUUCGGCCUGAGCCGGUGAAGGUUUUAUUGCGACGAGGAAGCGCCGUCCGUCCACUCAACAGCAACCGCCACCACGAACACAACAAUCUAACAAAAAUAAACAAACAAACAUGAAGCGACGUUUUAAAUGAACGACUCGGCAUGUCGAGCGAUAGUUAUCGCGCUAAAAUGUAAAUUUAUUUCGUUAGUUGUUUUUCUCCCUCCUCUCCUCACAACCGGUUGACCCCAAUGGACGACAGUGAUCCCCGGCUCCAGUGCUGCUCGCUGCUGAGCCGCCUGUCAGCUGCCGUGGGCCGCCUCUUGCUGCUUGUGGCUCCCUGCACGGGGCUGGUGACCUGGGGGCCCGGGCGCGUGGGGGACGUGCUCCACGCCAUCCUGGGGCACGGGCUGCGACACCCGCAGGCCGGGUACUUGGAGUUGCUCAGGACUCUGGAGCGACUCUGCCCGGAUUUCUCCCCGAUCGACGCUCAGGGCAUGGAGCAGGAGGAGUCCAUUGCGCUCGGGUCCGGGGAUCCCAGCCAGCCGGCGGUGCGUUGGCUGAGCCAGGCGAUGCGCUCGCUCGCGCUGUCUCGCCUGCUGAGCCCACUGCUGCUGCAGCCUCACCCCGUGGGAAGUCUCUACGCAGAGCACGCGUUUGCCCGGAGUGUGCCACACGUGACGGCCAUGUUGCUGUGCCUGGGGGCGCUGGAGGAGAACAACCCGGGGCAGCUGGGGCUCAUCGACCCAGCCACGGUGGGAGCCCACACGUCCUGCUCCUCGCGUUUGUCCAAGAGCCACAGCCUCAUGUCCCUGAGGGCUCCUGCAUCCGGCCCCUCGCCACGCAGACACAGCCUCAUGCAGACCUCCGCCGCCAUCAACGCCGCCACCACCACGGCCGUUACCGACAGCCCUGCCCACGACGUGAACUGCACCUCCGGUACCUCCGCCGCUACCUCCUCCUCCGCCUCCGCCGGUAGCGGCGGCGGAGGAGGUGGCGGAGGAGGUAGCGGAGGCGGUGGCGGUGGUGGCUCUACCGACGCCGCCAGCCACCGCAGCCAGACGUCCGUGGAAGGGAGGUCGAGGCAGGGGAGGUCCAGGCACGUGCGUUCGCGAUCGGACACGGUCGUGGCCGUGGUGAAGCCGCCAUUGGACCGCACUCACGAGCUCCUGGACAUCCUCGCCGCACAGCAUCAUGGGAGCUGCGCCGACCUCGACAAGGAGAACGCCCACUUCUCACUGUCUGAUGCCCUCAUGACCGUGAUCGAACUCAUCAAGUGCAGCUCGGCGGAGGACGACGAGGGGCUGGGGCGCACGGGGGAGGUGGACGGCUACGAUGACGAGGAGGAGGAGGAGGACGAGGAGGAGGAGGACGACGAGGAGGAGGAGGAGGACGAUGAGGAGGAAGAGGUUGUGGAUGGGCUGGACGCUCAUUCAAAUGCAAGCCCACGGAGUCGCAUGAUGUCAGGACCCGACCUCUUGGCUAUGCUGCCGCUCCCUUGCAGCCGGGGCUCGGCCAGGGCCGUUGCGACGCAGCUGCUGAGACACCUCCAGAGGCUGCGGCUUCCCGGCGCCACGGCCGACCGCAUCGGGCACGCACUGCUGGGGCAGCAGGCCUUGUGUCUGGGCUCCACGUCUGCGGAUGAGCAUGGGGAGAGCGGAGGGUGGAAGCCGCCUCCACCACAGAUCAUCUUCCACAUGCACCCCAAACUCUCGAAGAAGGAAAUCCUCACGAGUCAGAAUUACCGCUGUGCAGGAUGCGGCCGCAGCGUGGAGCCCGGCUUCCUAGGCCGGGUGCGCUUCUGCGAGUACUCUGGCGGCUACUUCUGCGCCUGCUGCCACGUGGGGUCGCGUGCCGCCCUGCCGGCCCUGGUGCUGCGCCGCUGGGACUUCUCGGCGCGCCCCGUCAGUGAACACGGCCGCGAGCUGCUCAGCCGUGCCGCGGGGGACCCCCUCUGUGACGUGGGGGCGCUGCACCCCGGCCUGUACACGAGGGUGCGGGCCCUGCGCGGCGUGCGGGAUCUUCGUGAGCAGCUGUUCCACAUGAAGAAUCUCUUGAAGACGUGCAGAUUCGCAACACGGGUGGUGGACCGCUUCGACGAGGAGCCAGGCCACCUGAGUGAGCGAGUCCACCUUUACUCACUCAGGGACUUGGUCCACGUGAAGUCGGGCUCCCUGGCCCAGCGCCUAGCCGAGCUCUUGCACGUGGGGCUCACCCACGUGAACAACUGUGAGCUGUGCCAGGCCAAAGGCUUCAUCUGUGAGUUCUGCCACAACGACAACGACAUUCUUCACCCAUUCCAGCUCGCACGCUGCCGCCAGUGUGAUGAGUGCCGCGCCUGCUUCCACCGCUCCUGUUUCCUGCCCUCCCUCCCGUGCCCCCGUUGCCAGCGGCGACGCUCGCGCAGGGAGGAGAUGGAUCGCCGUGACGACGACCCCGGCCUCCCCGCCAACGGCCCCCGUCUCCCCGACAACGGCCCCGUGUCCCUGAGGACGACCCCGUCUCUCUGAUCGCCCGGGUUUACCCUCAGCCGCGCUGUUACCGUGACGGCCGUUGCCACCCCAUCGGUGGAGACAACGCCCUCUUACGAUUGGCCGUGAGUUCCGGCGUGCUCUGGUUGUAGCAGGGACGUCGCGAAUGUCGGAAGAGAAGAGCGGGGUCGGGAGUCUCAGGCGAAUCGAUCCGAUCUGAGGAGGCGUCGUGACAUCGUAAACUUUUGCUCAUGUAAGAGCCGUUGCAUCAUCCCCCCCCCCCCGCCCCCCCCCAAUUGCCAAUCAGCUGUCGCCCAGACGGUGUCACCCAGGCAACGUGGCCGCCAUUACGUCACCCGGGCAAUAUGGCCGCCUCAACGUCACCCAGGCAAGAUGGCCGCCACGAUGUCACCCAGGCAAGAUGGCCGCCACGACGUCACCCAGGCAAGAUGGCCACCACGAUGUCACCCAGGCAAGAUGGCCACCACAACGUCACCCAGGCAAGAUGGCCGCCACGACGUCACCCAGGCAAUAUGGCCACCACGACGUUACCCAGGCAAUAUGGCCGUGACCACGUCACCCAGGCAAGAUGGCCGGCCACGAUGUCACCCAGGCAAGAUGGCCGCCACCACAUUGCCCAGGCAAGAUGGCCGCCACCACGACCUCAACCAGGCAACAUGGCCGCUAUCUUUGCUCCAUGUGCUUAACCCGCUCCAUGGUUGGGAGUGUUUAUGCAGAGGCUUCACUCUUCAAUUCCAGCAGGCCGCCCUGGUUAAUACUGCGGUGUGUGAACUGUUAGACAGGGACUCCUCUACUUAUUAACAAGUUAGGUUCCAUUUGUUCGCAAGUCAAACUUUACUCCUGUCGAUUCAGAACAUGUUGUACGGCAUGUACACUGGAGCACGGUGAAUGGCUUUAAAAGUUGAUUCACCUGUACAUGUAGAUGCCACUGGUUCUUCACGUUCUGCAGAUGUA